AUGAAGAUGUUAACAAUUUUAGUUGCGGUUAUUGUUUUGGUAGAUCUCGCAGAUUCCACGAAAAAAUCUGUACCAGCAGCUUUCAAGGCCGCGAAUCUCUCUAAAGUUCUUAAUAUCACGAUCAAAAAUUUAAAGCUAAUGACAGUAACAUAUCCAGAUCCACCCAAAAAAGUUUUCUUAGGCAACAAUUUAACGCAAACAGAUACUUCGACUGAGCCUACGUAUGAUUUUGACUAUCGAACUAAUCGAUAUUACGCCUUACUAAUGACCGAUCCCGAUGUACCGUCUCCGUCAAUUUCCCUACCAGGAGAAUUUUUCCACUGGUUUGUCGGAAAUAUUCCCGGCAACAGAUCAUCCUCAGGAGAAGACAUACUGAAUUACUUUCCACCAGUACCGCCACCUGGAACCAAGCCACAUCGCUAUACAUUUCUGCUUUACCGACAACGUAAGAAAAUGAAUUUCAGCGAUGGCUCCCUCCUGGGAAUUGAUCUGACCAACCGUCUAAUGAGAAGAGCAAGCGUUCUGGCGAAGGAACUUAACCUUGGUGAUCCGAUCGCUGGAAAUUUCUUCUAUAAAGGGUUUGACGUUCCUGUCGUACAUGGAGCACUCAAUGUAGUUUAA